AUUAAUACAGAGCAGAUCAGAGCCAAACAGGAGAUUUGUAGAGAAGGAUAGCUGGGAACUUUGGAUCCAAAACGAACAAACACAGUUCAUCACCACCAACAGCAUUUAUCAUCCCCAUACCAGUUACCUGACUCAUCUCAUAAAUUCUCUUUAGACCCUUGUCUACAUCCCUACUAUGACCAAUACACACAAUAAAUCCCAACAAAACUCCUAACAAAAAAUACCGCCAAACUUUCGAGACGACUCGAGUUCGAGUUUGACCGCCUAGUCCCCUUCUGGUUCCGUCACUGCUCGUCUCGUAACAUUAUAAUAUAGUCUUCCCUCCUCACAAGCCUUAAAGUUAUAGGCAAGCACAGUAAAUGUUCCCAUCUCCCAACUCCCACCAACUUCUAAUUACUCUCAUGACCAGAACUUGAACACAAAACCCUAGCCAUCUCAAUCUCAACCAAAUGGCAAGAAUUCUUAGUGCAGAUAUUCUAAAUCAAACACCUCCCCCUCCUGAUUUCAUCUACAACACUGGCAGCAUUAGCCAGUUCCCGGCCUCCUCACCGCCCUCGUCUUCUUCCUCCUCUUCGUCCUCCUCAAUUGUUAUCGUUAUUAUUAUUAUAACUUCCGCUAUAAUAAUUUCCGCUUCAAUUUACCUAAUUCUUAGGUAUUUAUCACGAAGAUUUCACCGCGCAUUUUCAGACGUGAUUAUUCCAUCUAACACCAAUUUUUGCACCGAAAAUGAGGUCAUUAUAAUCAAUGAUUCGUUGCCUUUAUUCACAUUUGGAUCAUUAAUCGGAAAUAUUGUUACAGCUGACUGUGCGGUUUGUUUAUCGAAGUUCGAGGCUCAGGAUCAGCUGAGGCUGCUGCCGUUAUGUUGUCACGCCUUUCAUGUUGCUUGCAUUGACACGUGGCUCACGUCGAAUCAGACGUGUCCGCUCUGCAGGUCCAGUAUUAAUCCGACAGAGUCGGAGGUUCUGGACAAGAUGAUUAGUAUUUCCACAGUUACGAACGAUAAUUCUGGCAAUAGUUUUCGUAUUGAGAUCGGGAGUGUCAGCAGGAGAACUGACUCUACCUCGAAUGAUAAUAACAGGAGGUCUUAUUCGAUUGGCUCGUUCGACUACAUUGUGGAUGAUGCCGGGUACGAGCUCUCGAGAGGCUCGACGCACAGGAGGGAGCCCUCGGAGGCUGCAUCGAAUGUCGAUAAGGACUCGGUGGGGGGUCAAUUGAUGGCUCCAGGGGAAAGCCUGGCGGCUGAAGUUGCUGGAGGGAGGAAUAGUUGGCUCAGGGACUAUGUUGAUCGAAUUGCAUCGAUUUCUUCUCGUUCGAUACGGAGCUCGGGGAGGUUUUUUUCGGGGAGUAGUCGGCGCAGUGAGCCUGUGGUGGCGGUUGGGGACUUGGAAUCUAGUAGAGUUGGGGAGGAGAUCAGUGAAUUGUUUCGGUGGCUGUCAGGGGUAUGAAUGGUAAUUUUGCUUCUGCGGUAGGGGUAGUUUUGUAAUUUUGAUACAUUUUUCGCAACAUUUCAGCUGUGUAAAUAUAAAUUUUGAUGUUUUUGUAGAUUAAUUCAACCUAUUACAAACUUUAUAUCAGUUGUAAGUUUUUUUUUUUGAUAA